CGCUGUGGGGCCGGGCAUGGCCCGCCCCUUCCUCCGCGCCGCCAUCGGGGAUCCGGGACCGCCGCUCCGCCAUGCCGAAACACGAGUUCUUCGUGGACAUGACCUGUGAAGGCUGUUCCAACGCGGUCACCCGUGUCCUGCACAGGCUGGGAGGUGUCAACUUUGACAUUGACCUGCCCAACAAGAAAGUGUGUAUUGAUUCAGAGCACAACGUUGACACCCUGUUGGAAACCCUCAAGAAAACKGGAAAGAACGCUUCCUACCUUGGGGAGAAGUCUGCACAGUAGCCUUGCCUGGUGUGAGGAGCUAGGAACUCAAACAUUACUUCAGCAAAAAGAUGGCUUAACUGUUUGCAUGUCUCCCAACUUGCUGUGUCUUUUGACCUUUGCCAGAUGCUGGAAAGCACAGGGCUGGAGGGAAGAGACAGCUGGGCSUUGAGCUUUAGAAAUGGAGAGUUGRAGAGGAGGAGGUUAUGUGGUGUUUCUAGUCCCCCAGUAAAUCAAGGCACUGCUUUUAACUUUCA